UUUUUGUUUAAUUUUUAAAAUAAACUAUCUAGUUUAAAAUUUGUUUUCAUUGGUUUAAGGUAAUAAAUAUUAAUCAUUGUUAGAUAAUAUAAUUUUUGUUAUUUUAAAAAUAUAAUUUUAAAAGUUAACAUAGAUAAAUAUUUAAAUAUUUAACAUAUGGAGGUAUAGUAUUACAACAUUAAAUUAUAUAUAUUUAAUUUAUACUGUCUAUAAAUCUAAUGUAUCAUCUAUUCUUUAAAUCCAAUUAUUGAUAUCCAAUAAAAAUUUCUGGUAGGUCCAAAAUUUAAAUGAUAAAAUUAGAGAUUAAAUGUAACAUGACUUUCUAUGAAUAUGUCUAUUAGAUCCAUUUUUUUAAAAGUUCACACAUGAAUCAAGGUUGUGAAUUCUGUUUUAAUAUAUAUGAUUUUAUUAUAUAACAUUUUUGAUAACUUUAAUGAGUCUGAUUAAUAUGGAGGAUUAAAAUGCAAAUAUAGAUUAUUUUAAGGUUAGAUUUUAGGUUUUAUCAUUGAAUAAAACCUGCAUCAUUAAACUUCAAAUUUGAGGUUCUUUCAACCUUAAAUAUAAAGUUGCUUUUUUGGAGAUAAUUUUAUCUACUAUAAUAGUUCUAUAAUGAAUGCGCAACAGUUUACAACACUCUAGUGAGCGGAGCGAGCGAGGCCACCUACCUGGUCCAUUGGAAUGUAAGUGAGUCCAACUAACUUUGGCACAAUUUAGAAACAAAUUUCGUCAGUUAGGUAGUGAAACCUAGCUAGUAUAUUUAUAUAGGAUAUACAGCAUUGGCCUAUAUUAUGUGAAAGCCACUGAUGUCUUGAACGAUCAAAAACUGCUUUUAGAACACGUAUUUGUAGCUGAAGUUGAAAAAAUAGUGGGUCAUGAGAAUCCCCUCCAGUUGCAAGAGCAAGGCACUUGCAUUCAGCAGCAGUGGGGAUUCGGCCUCGGGCCGGUAAAAUUUUUGUAUUACGUUUUCUAAUUUGUCUAUAUAUAUAUUAUAAGUUUGUGAUAACAUAAAUGAAAUAUUAAUGAUUUAGUUAAAGAACAAGUGUAUUUUUUUUUGUCACAAAAAGAACAAGAGUAUAUUAGGCUUUUAAUGGUUCUUAACAUUUGAGCAAAACUAUAAUAAUAUCUAUAAUUUCAUGAAACCUUGUGAGAUAUUUAGAAAAUAAAAAAUAUUUAUUAUAUAAAUAGCCCGGUUUCCACAUUAAUGUUGAUCACGCAAUUAUUUCAACAUUUAAAUCCUAAAUCUAUUCCUAGACUUCCAAGAAUGCCUUUUUAACGUUGAAAAGUGUACACUUAUACAGUAAGUCUGUGGAAAUUCAAAAGAAGACCGUGACUUAGUCAAUGUGACUGCUUCUUCUUCUUCUUCCGCGUAACCGCGUUAAUCAAAAAACUUACCCUCUAAAAAGGUUUAGUAAAUUGUCGGACAAUAAGAAACAUACUCUGAGUGCACCAUCUUUUUUUUUUUUUUUUUUUUUUUUUUUCUGAGUGCACCAUCAUUUAACAUGUUCUUAUAGUUUUAUUAUAUUCUUAUCACAAUGAUCAACUAUCUAGAAAGUGAUUAGAAACGUGUUUGUCAUGGAGAAAGGUUUAGUUUAAUCCAUGAUUUGGCCAAUAUGUCAACAUACAGAAAACUUAAACGAGCUUCCGCUUUGUAAUUGGAGAUUGUAUUACGUACGUCGCAUUCAAAAAUAUUUUAUAAUCUUUGAUUUUUUCAACGAAGAUAUUGGAAUCAACAUAUAAUCUACUUUUGCUGUGUAUGUGUAUCCCUAGUGUCUAUAUAUGUGGAUGUCACACAAACAUAUCGAUCAGAGAUCACGAGGAGAAGCAAAAACCUAAUUUAGGUAAACAAGAAACAAGUAUUACACAUAUAUAAAAGGGUCGAACUACAAAUUUUAUAAUCAACGAUGGAGGAGAUAGUGUCAAUGAUCUUCAGCGGAAUCAAUCUUGUUAAGGAGCUCGAGUUCAGCUUAACAGCACAAGAGUCGCCAGAAGCUCUCUCGACUUCUCUCGGUUCAGUCUCCACUCUGUUCGGAGGCGCCAACGAGCGGUUAAAUAUCCUACUUGCGAGGAGGAACGCUUACGUACUGACUCAGCCUGAACCAAAACCAGUUCCAAUGUCCGGUUUGGACCAGAUGAUGAUGCAGCAAAUUGAAUAUGAUCUGAUGCAGGACUACAGUUUAAGGGAAGGAGUGAUGCAAGGCGUGAAGAAUAUAGACUCAGGUCCGAGUUGCGGAUUCUCGACUCCAAGGCCUCGAAGAAGGUACGUAAAAGAUUAAGCAUCCGAUCUUUUACGUUGUAAUGGAAGAAACACAUACAAAACAUUCGAAGACUUCGAUUGAUUACUUGGUGCGCAACAGAGUAGAAAAGAACAUAUAAAAUUUAUACGAGUUUUUUUUGUUUGAUAUGCUUCGUAAUGCUGAAGUAAUAAACAUGUAGAAUAAGUAUUUAUGUUGUUUUUUUGGGGUGCAAACGUUAAAAUGAACAAGUCUACGUAGUAGGCCUGUGACGGAUCGGAUAUCUAGAUAAUUUUAAGAUAUCCAGAUCCGGAUCUUUAUCCGGCGGAUUUUUAUCCGGCGGAUCCAUAAUUUUACUAAUAUCCGGUGGAUAUCCGGAUCCGGAUUUGAAUCCUUAAAAUAAAUAAAAAAUAAUAUUAAUAUAUAAAAAAAUUUAAAAAUAAUUUAAAAAUAAAAAAAUAUAUAAUGUUUUUAAUUAUUUCUAUGUAUAAUAUUACUAAAUUUACAUAAAAUUUAUAUAUACUAUUAUAAAAAUGAAAAUAUAUUAAAUAAAAUUCAUUUUUAUAUAUAGACAUUACUAUUUUUAAAAUAAUUAUUAAUAAAACUUAUGGAUCCGGAUAUCCGGACUAAAAAAUUAAGAUAUCCGGCUUCGGAUCCGGCUUUGACAGAUCUAACAUUUUACUAUCCGGAUCCGGAUUCGGCUCGUCCGGAUAUCCAAAUUUUCGGAUCGGAUCUGGAUCGAAUCUCAGAUCGAAUCCGGAUCUUGGAUAAAAAUCUCAGGCCUACUACGUACUAUAUAAGUAUAUACAGGGCGAAGCCACGUUAAGUAAAUGAGGGGCAGUUGCCCCUUAUAACAUUUUCUAAUUCAGUGUAAUUUCUUUAAAAUUUUAGUUAUGCCCCUGUUUGCAUAUUAUUAGGCUAGUUUUCAUCAUUUCCCCGGAUAAUGUUUUCUAUAUAAAUUACGGACGUGUGAAUAUUGAGAUAUAUAUCAUAUAUAUGUUAUGCAAUGUGAAUGUAUAUAUAGGAAGAAGGAUGAAGAAGAAGAAACGGUGUUUGUGGCGGCGGCGAGGAUGGGGAACAUGGACACUCCGCCGGACGACAAUCACACUUGGCGUAAAUAUGGCCAGAAGGAAAUUCUUGGUUCUAAGUUUCCUCGGUAAUUAUAUUUACUAAUUACAAAAUGAUUCGUUAUUUACGUAAUAGAGUAACAGUACGUUCGUUUAUUUUUAUCUUUUAAAAAUGUUUUUGUUAGUAUACUUUUGAAUUCAUCUAAUCAAACAUGGAGGGACACUUGAACAUCAGAACUUUUGGUUACUGGUUAGUUAACUAAAGAAAGAAAAUUCACAUUUUCUUAAGACGUAGGCAUACACUUCGUUUAGUUGCUUAGUUUUAUCCGUUUUUUCUUUAAUUUUAUAAAUAUCUUUAACCAAUAUAGAACCAAAAUUUAGGGCGUACUAUCGGUGCACCCACGAGAAAGUAUACAAGUGUCCGGCGAAGAAACAAGUGCAACGGCUUGACGAGGAUCCUUACACGUUCUGCGUCACUUACCGUAGUUCACACACGUGUCACUUCUUCACCACUUCCCCUAUUUCAUCAACAACCGACACCACUACAACAGACGGUCAUUACGGUUCCACCGUAGUUAAGAUGGCCGAAGCUUUGUUCGGCAACUUAGACUCGGUUGUUCCUUUUGGUGAACCCUACUUUAACUACCGUAGCCUCUUUCACGGAAGAGGCGGCGAUGGGGAUACGUGAUAUACAAGUUUUUACGAGUUAGGCAUGUGCAUUGUGUUCAAAUAAUUAAUUUAAAUUUUUAGAGGGUUCAAAAUUCCUUUUAAAAAAAAAAAUUAUAUCUAUCGAGUUAGGCUUAUGCAUUGUAUAAAUUAGCAACCGAGUGAUAUGUUAUUCGCAUCCUGUAACAAAACCGCAAUAUGAGUUAUUGUCUUUCUGAACCGCAAUAUGAGUUAUUGUCUUUCUGAACCGCAACAUGGUUAAAUCAACCUCCUUUUUGUCCCUAGACUAGAGCCUAGGCUAUUCUUGGUGGUGGAUAUACAAUCUCCACUUUACCUCUUCCUAAAUAACCAUUGGCCUAUUAAAAAAAAAGAAGUCUGGUCUAUAGAGAAUAGUUUCACUACUUUGCUUAUGAACAUGAACUCACCUUUUGAGAAAGCAGAUUGGAUUCACUUUCUCCUUUUUGAGAAUACAACAGGAGAAAAACAGAGAAAUUUUUUAGAAAGAAUUCUAAGAGUACUUCGUCCAACGACCAUGGCCUCCGGCGAAGUACGUCGACGCGCCGAUACUGUCGUGCCGUCACGUGAGACUAUAUUUCUCCAGCUUUUUCCCGACGACUUCAUUCUGACGAAGGCUUGCCGCCGUGCCAACACCAUCAUCCGAGACUAUUUUUCUCCAGUUUUUCCCGAUAACUUCAUUUUAAUCAAAAAUGAGCAAAAUAUAUUCCGGCGAGGUUUAAUGUGCUUUGUAAAUGACAUUUAUCAUGAACAAGUAAUACAUGCUCAUGUCAAUUUCCACUUGUUAAGAGACCACACUACUCAUGGAUCUUUUAGACAAAAGGAAAACAGAAAAAAGUGACAAUUAUCAUGGAGCUAACCAAGUGGUAGUAAUUUAGUGAUAAUUUUUUUGGGAUUUGGUGCCACGUCAAUUAUGGGUUCGAUUUCCUCUGAAAACUAAAUUAUCACUAUUUUGUUAGUCUGGGUUUGGGCUUCGUCCAAAGUGGUUUACAUGGGUUAUCGUAACACAUGAUCGGUUUACUCCCUGAUAAUAGUCGGAAAGUAUUCAAACUCAGGUGAAACAGUGUGAUACGUUUUCGGGCUAAUCCAUUUUAUAUCACUAAAUGUGAGCUCACUGUAUAGCCAAUAGGAUUUAUCAAAAAAAAAAUCUCGGAGCUCACUGUUAAGGCAAGAUAUUUGUGGUUUUCUCCAUAGGCUUUACGAUAUUAUCAACUUGAUGAAAUGACUAGUUAAGCCCAUAUUAAGCAUACGAGGGAGGGCCAAUAAAAAAGAAACUAAAACUACCUACGCAUGGUAGUGAGUGAUUGUUUAAAGUCUUCAUUUUCUUUUGUAUUAAGGUUACAUCACUAAUGUAAACUGUGGACAAAAGACUAAAAUAGCCGCACACUGCUCGUUGCAUUAGUUUCCCUUGCGGCCUUGCGCAUGCUAGUUUUUUUAUUAGUAAGAAAAAGAAACAGAGAACGAUCGAUAGCGUAAUCAACCACUUAAAUUCAAAAACCUUAAUUUAAGGGUAAGGGAUUGGACCAAAAAGGACCAUUGCUAAAUUUAUGUCUCCCCAUGACAUGCAUAGAUAGAUGCCUUGCACUCAUAAUUAUUAGGUUUUACGCUACCGAGUGAUAUGUUAUUUGCAUCCGAUAACAAAACCGCUCAACAACAUAUAACAAUUAUCAAAAUGAUAAGUUGUACAACAAUAUAAACAUCAUUAAGAAUAUUUGAUUGUUGUUGCCGGUUACUUCCAUUGGUGACUGGCAAAUGAUCUAUAAUAUUCUUUAAUAAGAUUAGCUAAUGACUCUUCAAACUCCACCGUUCUUCUAAAUCGUGGAGUUAAGAAUUUCGACUUCUAUAGUUUUUAGGAUAGAAAUAUUUACAGUACUGACAACAUGUGUUUCGUAGUUGAAGAUUCUCUAUCUUAAUAAUAUUGAGUUUGUGUUAAAAGAUAAUAAUAUUGAGUUUCAAAAUGAGUUCUAUGGCUGAAAGUAACAAAUUGUUUAUCUAUAUUAAAACUUGAAUUUGAGUUUUAUGUGAGUAUAUAUAUAUAUAUAUAAUGACUUUUUUUCAACAAAUAUAUUAUAUGAAUUUGAGUUGUUUACCGUUUUUGUUAACAGAUUGGUUAUGAUAAUUUAUACCUGUCAAAUUGAUUAAUAAUAAAGUUAGAUGAGAAACAAAACUAUAUCUGUAAAAAUAAAUAUUUAACUGGUUUUAAAGCCAUUUAUGUUCAUAGAAAGAUGAAACACGAAAUCCUUACAUAAACAAAAUUUCUAAUUAAAGAAAAAUAUUGACAGUUUUUAACUCAUAAAAUGUAUAUAUUCGCUAUGAAGAAUAUAUAUGUUUGAUGUCCCACUAUAAAUUUCAUACUAAAUAUAUGUAGUUAAAAAUUAAUUACCCACUAAUUUCAGGUUUCAAAUUCAGUUUGCAACUUGAUCAAAAUGUUAAAAACCAAGAAAAAGACAAAAAAACUUUUCCUAAUAAAGUUCAUUAUAGUUUUGUCUCUAAUGAAUGUUGUUGUUUCCUCAAUUCUACCAACAAUGUGACCCCCUAUUUAAUGCAUCAACAAAAAUAGUUGCUUGUUAUGAUCAUAAGUACAUAUAUACAAGUAGUAUAUAUGUAGAUAAUCAUGGAUCUUUAUGUAUAUAGAUAUAGCUUGACUGAUUGAAUUAUGAUGUUUAAUUUGUAAAGAGAACCAAGAAACAAAAGAAAUGCAUAUAUAGAUUUAACUAUGUUUACAUAUCCAUACCCGUCAUGAUUGGAGAUGCAAUUGUAUGACUAAGAGGAAUAAAAAAGAGGAGUUAUUUUGGGUUUAAGUUUGGUAUUGAUUGCAUGAUCUUUCUUUUUCAAAAAUGAGAUUCUUAAUUUUAUUAAUAUUAAGGGGAAAAACAAAGUAGUACCAUACUAAUUUGUAUUAAGAUAUUUUCUCUUUAUAGUUUCUUUUAUAAAUCUAAAAAUGCUAAAAAGAUGUUUUCUCUUUAUAGUGUCGCUUGUUUAGAUUUUGUAUCUAUUAAAUGUUUUAUUUAACUAAAACUGGUUUGAAUCCCAAAUUAGCUAUUCGUUUUCUUUUUAUUUGUACUACAAUUUCAUUUUUAUAAACAUGACUGUACUUAGACAUAGUUGUAUAUAUAUAUGCAUUUCUCUUGUUUCAUGAUUCUUUUUAGCAAUCAAACAUCCCAGCUCAAGCAGUAAAGCUCUACACAUAGUACAUCUAUGUUAGUAAAGUUCCAUUAAUAAUAAUAAUAUUAUUAUUAUAAAUAUUUGAAUAUGUCUCCAUAAUUGUUUACAUAUAUAUAUAUAUAUAUAUAUAUAUAUAUAUACUCGCAUAUAUGUACUUAUCAUAAUAAUCAAAUACUUCUAUUGCUGCAUGCACUAGUUAGACAGUAACAUUGGUAGAGUGGUACCGAAUAAAUUCUCUGUACUCGGGCAUAUUUGAAUAACAUGAAUGAUAAUGAUGUUCAGCGAAAAAGGAUAAAUUAGUUAAGAAAUGAGAAUACAAAAAGAGAGCUAUAUAA